AACUUUUUAAGGUCGAUCUUUAAUCGUGAAUUCAGUUAACGUAAGUUAUUCUUUACGUAUAAUUUUUCACUCCAGUUAUCGUCGGAGGAGACUUCUGUGAAAUACUGAUUUCAGGAGAAAUAGUGGAACGCAGCGUGUGUAUCUGACAAAUUCAUCCAUAAAGAUAAUUUCAGCACGAUGAUAAGAUUAGUGACAGUGUUAACCUUUCAGCUUAUUCCAUUCGAGAUAGCGAGGUAUCUCGUAGUUAUUUUGAAACUUGAGAGGAAAGAAAUGGCGCUUUCACGGUGUGUAGCAAAGUUAAUGGAAAUGUGUAUUAAAUGAACAUUGAAGAUACGUAAAUAAAACUCAGUUAGUCUCACCGAUAUAUAAAUAAAAUGCAGGUUUCUGGAGCCAUGAUUCGACCGGAAAUGCCCAUUCAUAGCAGCGAGACUCUGGACGUAGACUUCAGUAUCCCUGUAAGACUGCAGGCUAGGCAGCUGCACUGUGGUCUAGGAAUGAAUGGCUUCUAUUGGGAGCCAUCCUGGAUACAGAAAUUUGCCACUCAUAGGGUGUUUGUGGCAGUGUUGGCAUCACUCGGAUUUCUUCAAGGCGCUGCUAUGGGCUACUUUAUUGCUACUGUUAAUGUUGUAGCUAACAGUUUUGGAUUUUCACACGGCCUAGUUUCUUGGAUAAUGGUGAGCAACGAGAUAGCCCAGGGCGUAUUAGGGCUCGUUAUCAGUUUCUGGGGCGGCAGAGGAAAUCGCCCCGGCUGGAUAGCGACUUGUGCGACUUUCCAAGCUCUUACGUGCUUCUUGCUGCUUCUUCCCCACCUCGUACAUGAAACCAACCCUGACCACGGCCACGUGACUAGCACUGCACCUGGAGAGUCAAGUGGAGAACCUCUCUGCUUUACCAACAUCACGGUGCCUGAGCAUAAAUCAGAAGAAUACUGCCAUUUCACCAUGGUGCUAAUGUUCCUCAUCCAGCUGGGCGCCGGGCUUGGAGGAAUCGCGGUGCUAUCUCAUGGGCUGGCGUACGUGGACGACAACGUGGAGAAGGGGAACAGUCCUGCCCUCAUUGGAGAAAUCAUAGCCCUGAGGCAUUUGGGCCCUCAUGUGGGGGUGCUGCUAGCAUGGCGGUGUCUGUCCUUGUACUCGGGACCCCUGGAUGUUGAACCAAGACAGACGAGCUCUGAGUGGGUUGGGGCGUGGUGGCUAGGUUGGCCUAUCUUGUCUACUUUAAUGUUUGUGGUAGCCAUUUUGGUCGCUAUGUUUCCACGUCAGCUUCCGUCACAGGCUGUUAAAGAAAUGGCAGCGUCUAUUGUGGAUCUGGCGCGAGGCGUCACCUUCCAAGCGCCUACUGACCCCAGACUUUCAAAUACAGGAUUCUUCUCGUCGCUAAGGAGACUCCUCACCAACAGGAUCAUCGUCCUCAACACAUUAGCUACUGUUUGUCUUCAGGCAGCGAUGGCUAACUACUUGGCGCUAGAGGACAAAUACCUGGAGUCCAAAUUUUACAUUCCGAGACCUUCAGAGGCUGCGGGUGGAUUCCAGGACCCGUGGACGUCAAGACUGAUUAUAAGUUUGCUGAAGCCUCCACUUGUGGCGCUGCAUAUCUUGGUGUCGGGGUUCGCUAUCUCAAAGAUAAGAAUGCGAGCUGGUCGGCUGACAGCCUGGCACGUCUUCAUAACACUCUUAGUGGCCAUCUUUAUGUUCUCCAGAAUCUUCACCAAUUGCCCUUCACUCCAUAUCGAAGGACAGAAUAACGGAAGGUUCCAACCACUGCAGACCUGUAACAGGCACUGCGAUUGUUCCGAUUCGACACUUUUCACUCCCGUGUGUACCGAGCAGGGUAGCUUCUUAUACUACUCGCCUUGCCACGCGGGUUGUACACAGGUGCAAUACUUGGACGACAUAAAGUCGUUCGCGAACUGCAGCUGCGUUCGGGAUAAAUUGGGAAAUCAGUUGCUGCACCAAGCCAAAGGGGGACCUUGCAAUAAUCCCGACUGCAACUUCAGCUGGAUCGUCAACCAGUGCUUCACUGUCCUGACAGCGGCUCUGGUCGGCACGCGACUGGUAGGCAACGCCAUCUUGACUUUCAGGAGUGUGCAGCCCAAAGACAAGUCCGUCGCGGUGGGACUGGAACUUACCCUGGUGGGUCUUAUCGCUUACGUACCCGCCAACCUGGUGUACCAGCUGAUGGCAGAUUCUUCGUGCAUGUUUCGAGGUAGCAGUGACACAGAGGAGUGCAAAUUAUAUGACGCUGAAUAUUUUGGACUUUAUAUGCAUGUUACCUCAGGAUGUUUAAUGACAGUCUGCGCCUUGCUUAGCGCAGCUGUUUGGUAUUUCGCUCGUGAUCUCGACCUAUACUCCGGUGAUGAUGAUGAUGAUGAUGAUGAUUGUUUUGAAAUGGAAGAUCUUAACAGGAAAAGAAACCCAAAGAUCACAUCGAGACGUGCAACUCCAGGUUUUAGACGUCGACAGCAGAACCCAGUGACUUCAGAAGUUGAUGGUGUCACACUGAGGAGUGAAGUAGAGAGGAUAAGGCAACCAGAACAGGAGUUAGGAUUCAGCAUUCUGGAGCUCAGUGAUCACAUGGAUGACAGCAUGGAAGCGUCAUCUCCCAACAGACCGCAGAGUCUGUACUAGCCACACGGCACAGCGGCAGAAGGUCUUUCUUACAUUAAGAAUAGACUUAACGUAAAGGUAACAGCAUACCAGUUUAUAACGGAGGCCCAGGUAUGGCUAAAUAAUAAGUUAAAUGCACAACCACUAUGUAGUCAUGGGUGAAACCAGGCAUCUCUAAUCUUAUCACCAACUUGAAGCUGUAGAUAUAUAUUAUGUUGCUGGAAGAAGUGGGGAUUUGUAAC